AAUGGGCAUUCGGGGUCCUGACAGGGGGCGCGGGUUGAUCAAGGUUCUGGGCUUACGCCUCUCGUGAAGCUGAGGUUAUGACUUGGGCUCCAUGCCACUUUCUGCGGCAUCCAAUAGACCAUACCACCCCGCUGUUUUCUCUCCCUGAUGGCGUCCCUUUUGUGUGCAGGACUGUGGCUCCUCGAGGUUUAGACAUUUAACCAGCGGACUCCGUUCGAGUGGCAAGCCGACGACAUUGCUCUCCUGCGGACCCUUGCACACCAGGAACGUUCGGCCCUCUUACACCCUAACCCAACCAUGCCCUCUCACCUAGAGGACGUGCCUCCCCCGCCGUACACCGAGACGGACAUCUUCUCGGCUCCGGGGCGAGACGCGCACGGGGCUGACGACGCUUCUCGAUCCACUACAUCCACUAGCGGUGAUGUCAUUUAUACCCCUCCCCUCACGCCCCAUAGCUCUCACCAGUCCAACUUCCCGGGUGAUGCAGACCACGGGCCAAGCUCGUCUGCCGCCGCGUACUUCGAGACUCGGCCAGCACCUCCCCUGAAUAGCCAGUCAGGCAUCGUACAUUCCAUUACCCUCACCCCGGACUCCUCCCCGGACAGCCUGCCAUAUCCAGCCGAACUGGCGGCCAGAGACGUCCGGCUCGAAGACUGGCAGACCUUCGUCAACCACCUGUUGCCUUACCACUGGACAACUACCAACGAACAAGUUAUCGAACGCAAAAUGCGCGCCGAAACCAUGACGACCACCAACACCAACCCCGGUGCCGGCGACGACGCCCGCUCGCAGGCCUCGAGCCGGAGCCACGCCGAGGCCCAGCUGAACCGCAUCCGCCCGGCCGGCGACCACCCCGUCGAUGCCAGCCAGCACCGGCAGGGCGUCGAAUCCACGGUGCGCGAAUGGAACGACGGCUUCUUUGGCCCGCGCCGCAUCAGUAUCCGCGUGGAUUUCGAGGAAACCUCUCCGCUCGGUAGUAGUGGGAACCAUAACGACAGCGGCCAGAGAGGCCUGGCCGACCUCCCCCCGCCCCAGCCAUACGAAGACGAGAAGAGACCGCCGGCACCGCCCGGCGGCUGGGACCCCUCCUUCGACCAGCCCAACCCCCCCGGGAGCGGGACGACGGAGGAGGCGCCGCGCCGCGGCUUCUUCGCGACGCACUUUGGCGGCGGCGGCGGCGGCGGCGGCGGUGGCGGCUGGGGCCGGGGCCCGGGCCGGGGCCGGGGCGGUUUUCGCUUUGCGGGCAUCAACGUCGAGCCGGACCGGGUCAGCAUCGGCAACAAGAUCGUCGCGGACGGGCGCGAGGGCUCGCUGCGGAUCGGCGGGUUCGUGGCGGACGGGAACGGAAUUCGGCUCCACGGCCAGCCCCUGUUCCCUCCUGGCGGUCCGGGGAGAGCCGGGGCUAGGGCCGGCGCCGGUGCCGGUGCCGGUCGGGGUCCUUGGGGACCGCCUGGGUGGGGGGCGGGCGGUGGGCCUAGAGGUUUCGGCUGUGGACGAGGCGGGUGGGGGAUGGGUUGGGGGAUGGGGAGGGGAGGAUGGUGGAAUCAGUGUGAGGAUGGAGGAGAUGCAUGUGAGCGUGGACGCGGGGAGCACCGGGGCCCGGGCGAGAGGCACCGGUUCCGGUCCCGGUCCGGCUCGGUAUCGAGCACGAGCACGAGCACGAGCACGAGGUCGGACGCGUCGUCUGUCAGCUCCGAGUCGUCGGUCGGUUCGCUGCCCGAUUACGACGACCUCCGCGAUACCCAGCUGCCGGUCGCGAAGCAGUGCCUUCAGGAGUCGCUUCAACGGCCGGACCAGCACAUCACCAAGGAGCAGGUGAGGAGCAUCAAGGACAAGAUCAAGGCGGCCAAGCACUCCUCCUCCGGCGACCCGGCCGUGAUGGCCCUCGACCGGGCGGCCCUGCGGCGCGAGGUCAAGGACCUCCUGCGCGACUGGAAGCAGCUCAAGAGGCAGCAGAAGCGCGCGCGCAGGCAGCUCCGCCGCGAGAGGAAGCAGCAGCGCAGGCAGGAGAAGCGCGAGAGGCGCCAGGCCAGGCGCGAGCAGAAGCGGGCCGCCAAGGAGAUGAGGCGCGAGGCCCGCCGCCGUCCUCCUCCUCCUCCUCCUCCUCCUCCUCCCCCCUUCGGGAUGCCUCCCAUGCCUCCCAUGCCGCCGAUGCCACCGAUGCCGCCCAUGCCGCAUCACCCGCCCAUGCCACCCCACGGGCACCCUCAUCACCACCAGCACCCCUGGUUCAACCCCCCGUGGGGCGGACCCGCCAGGGGCGCUCCCGGAGCCUGGCCCGCCGAUGACCCCGACUACCGCCCCCGCUCGGCGGGGCCCAACGACGAGGGUGUCGAGCCCGCGCCCGGCGCCUACGCGGCCUCGCAGGCCAAGUACCAGGCGGCGUGGGAGUUGGAGGCCAAGGUGGCGGAGAAGGAAGCGGAGCUUCUCAAGCUGCACGAGCGCAUCGCCGAGGACCGGGCCAGCAGCGGCGGCGGGGGCGGCGGCGGCGGGGUGGAGGAGAAAGGGCGGACCGGGCCGAGCAAGAUGGAGGCGGAGGCGGAGGCGGUGGAGAGGGAGAUUGACGAGCUGGCGCGGGAGAUGGAGCGGCUGCGGACGGAGGCGGACGAGGAGUUUGCCAGGGAGCUGGCCGCGGAGGAGGAGAGAGCUGCUGCUGCCAGCGCUGCGUACAACAAGUAAGGUAGUGAUGGGGCAGCGUGGAAGCUGGAUACCCUCCCCCCGGGAAGCAGGCCUGGUACGGGAUAUAGGGGGUAAGGGAGUUUGCGAGAGUCUUGCAGGAUCUGCGGUUUGUAAUGCUUGGUUUCUGACAACCGGCCCCCCUCCCCCCUCCCCCCAACCAAACCUUUUAGUUUAGUAGCUUUUGCCGUUUUGAUGCU